CGGUGACGUCACCACGUCGCGACGUCGCCCCGCCCUCUUUCCGCCGCGCGGUUCCGUGCGCUGAGGGUGACGCUGAGCCCCACCAUGCAGCUCUUCGUCCGUGCCCAAUCCCUUCACGCCGUCGCCGUCUCCGGCUCCGACACCGUCGCCCAACUCAAGGCGCAGCUCGCGGCGCUGCCGGGCGUUCCUGCUCCGGAAGAGCAAAUCCUGGUGUUUGCUGGGACACCCCUUCCUGAUGAUGCCGUGUUGGAACAAACCCCUCUGCCGGAAUUUGCCACCUUGGAGCUCUCUACUCGCCUCCUCGGGGGGAAAGUGCAUGGAUCGCUCGCCCGUGCCGGCAAAGUGAGGGGCCAGACCCCCAAGGUGGCCAAGCAAGAGAAGAAGAAGAAGAAGACGGGGCGCGCCAAGCGGCGCAUGCAGUACAACCGCCGCUUCGUUAACGUCGUGCCCGGCUUCGGCAAGAAGAAGGGCCCCAACGCCAAUUCCUGAGCCCCAACCAGUAAAACAGGGCCGGAAUUUGGGCCAAUUCCUCCACA